AUGGCAGCCAAUACGGAACCCCAGCUCGAAAAGAUCGAGAUGACUGCCCCAACCAAGAUCCCAUACUGGCGCUUGGUCUUUGACCAGGGUGUCGUUACACAGGAGAUUAUUGAUCACCCGUACCCCGGUGCAGGAACAGACGACGACCCAUUUGCCGUAACAUGGAUCCCCAAUGAUCCUCGCAAUCCCAUGAACUUUAGCGAGGCAAAGAAGUGGUCAUUUACCAUGCUUGUGGCUAUUGCUACGCUGGCUGUUGCCUUGGUUUCUUCGGCCUACACUGGCGGUAUUGAAGAGAUUAUGGCUGAUUUCGGUAUUGGACAAGAGUUGGCUACUCUUGGUGUUUCGCUUUUCGUCUUGGGCUUUGCGAUUGGUCCUUUGCUCUGGGCUCCGCUUAGUGAGCUGUUUGGUCGUCAGAUCCUAUUCGUUACGACCUAUGCUGCUCUCACAGCUUUCAAUGCUGGUGCUGCUGGUGCCCAGAAUAGCUGGACUCUUAUUAUCCUGAGAUUCUUUGCUGGUUCCUUUGGUUCUUCGCCUUUGACCAAUGCCGGUGGUGUCAUUGCUGAUAUGUUCCCCGCUAAGCAGCGUGGAGUCGCCAUGUCACUCUUUGCUGCUGCUCCGUUCUUGGGUCCAGUCCUGGGCCCGAUAAUUGGAGGCUUCCUCGGUAUGAAUGCUGGAUUCAGAUGGGUCCUUGGUUUCUUGGCUGCUUUCUCGGGCGCUGUCUGGAUUAUGGGCUCUCUGUUGAUCCCCGAGACCUAUGCGCCUGUUCUGUUGCGCCGCCGUGCCGAGAGACUCUCAAAGCUGUCUGGAAAGAUCUAUCGCAGCAAGAUCGAUAUUGACCAGGGCAAAGUCUCCCUGAAGAACUCCUUCAAGGUCUCGCUUUCUCGCCCUUGGAUCUUGCUGUUUCGCGAGCCUAUCGUCUUCCUCCUUUCUCUGUACAUGGCAAUCGUCUACGGUACCUUGUACAUGAUGUUUGCAGCCUUCCCUAUUGUGUACCAACAAUCACGCGGCUGGAACCAGGGAGUUAGCGGUCUCGCCUUCCUCGGAAUUAUGGUCGGCAUGUUGAUCGCAGUGGUCUAUACUCUCUGGGAUAACAAGCGCUACGUUAGAACCUCAGACAACCACAACGGCUUCGCACCCCCGGAAGCCCGUCUUCCACCUUGUUUAAUCGCCUCCAUCGCUAUCCCAAUCGGUCUCUUCUGGUUCGCCUGGACAAACUACACCUCAAUCCACUUCAUGGCCAGUAUCGCCGCAGGCGUCCCCUUCGGCUUCGGCAUGGUCCUCGUCUUCCUCGGAAUCAUGAACUACCUCAUCGAUGCCUACACCAUCUUCGCCGCCUCCGUCCUAGCCGCAAACUCCGUCCUGCGCUCCCUCUUUGGUGCUGCUUUCCCUCUCUUCACUACCUACAUGUACAAGAACCUUGGUAUCCACUGGGCAUCUUCGGUACCAGCCUUCCUCGCUCUCGCCUGUGUGCCUUUCCCAUUCCUCUUCUAUAAGUACGGCCCUGCAAUUCGUACCCGGUGCAAGUUCGCCGCCCAGUCCGAGGCUUUCAUGCGCAAGGUCCAGGAACAGGUUGAUACCACUCCCGUUGAAGAAGAGAAGGUUGAAUAUGAUCGCACUGAGGCGCCUGCUCCUGCUGGCUCUAUCUCCAGUGAGUCGGAGGAUGGCGUUGAACAGCUUCCUUCUGCGCAGCGCAUUCGCAGUCGUGCUCACUCUGUUGCGUCGACUCGUACUGCGGGCUCGUUGCACCGUUCGGUCACUUAUGAGGGUAACCCGUACGAUAUUGACCGUGUCAAUACUCGUGAGUCUUUCAAGAACUAG